GGCUGUAGAGCCUGCCCCCGGAGGCACCGGCUGGAGUGGGGCAGCCGCAGCCCCCGGUCGGUGCGAGGCGGGUGAAGCCCAGGCAAGGAGCAGGGAGGGGGGUGUCUGUCCCCUGCCCCCACGAGCGGGGAGCUGCCCUGGGUCCAGCCCCCCGCCCAUAGCAGGGAGCGACCGUGCCCGGAGCAGUCUCCCUCCCCGUCCUCAUGCAGCCCCCUCCCAUCCGCCACCCCCAGGGGGAUCCCGCUGCGGGGACAAGGGAAUGGGGGGCUGCAGCUGACCAGCGCCAGCCAUACCCCCGCACGGGCGGGGGGGGGGUUUGCAAACGCUGCCCCUUGAACCAUCCCCUCCUUAUCAGCCCAUUCCAACCACUCCCCGGUUCCAUAGGAGCCGCAGGAAACUGCCCCUUAAAUUCUCCAGUUCCAGAGGUGUUGUAAUAUUCUCUGAAACACAACUCGUAGCAGGGAAUAUGUUAUCUUCCCCUCCCCCUUUUGCAAGAAAGUGACAGAAAUUUGGGAUUUAUGCAGAACCUCUCCACUUAGCUGUAAAUGAAAUCACGAUGUACUUUACAGGAUUGGGCAUAUGGAUGGACUCACUGACUUCUUUUGUUAUCGUGAAUGUCUGGAUGUUCUAAUUCAUGGAUGUCACAAGUGCAUGUGUGGUUAUAAAUUGAAAUGUGUGACAGUAGAGACAGGUGGCAUGCUGGAGAGAAGUGUCUUGCCCCAUCUCCUGAAAGUGGGAAACUUUGUGAAGCCACAAUAAAGUCAGUUGAAACAGACGAGAAUGGGAAAUCAUUUGCAAUUGUAUCAUUUUUGGGGUCUGAAGAAAAGAACAUAUUAAUAACGAAACUCUGUAAAGCCAGAGAUCCACGGAAUAGCUUAAUAUUUGAUGAUGAAGAUUUGGAAAAGCCUUAUUUCCCUGACCAAAGGCUUCCAUCUCCUGCGGUUGCUUUUGAGUUAUCUGUAGAUGGGGACUGUAUCCCUUAUACAAUUAAUAGGUAUCUGCGUGAUUAUCAAAGGGACGGGGUUCAGUUUCUCUAUGGACACUAUGCUCGUAAAAGAGGAUGUAUUCUUGGAGAUGACAUGGGACUUGGAAAAACAAUACAGGUCAUUUCGUUUCUGGCUGCAGUACUACACAAAAAGGGAACACGUGAAGAUAUUGAAAACAAUAUGCCAGAGUUUUUAUUGAGGACCAUGAAAAAAGAACCAACAUAUAUCCCCAAAAAGACUUUCCUAAUAGUGGCCCCUCUUUCUGUGCUUUAUAACUGGAAGGAUGAGUUGGACACUUGGGGCUAUUUCAGAGUCGCUAUUUUACAUGGCAGUAGAAAGGACAAUGAACUGAGUCGCAUCAAGCAGGGAAAGUGUGAGAUUGCUCUAACAACAUAUGAGACACUUCGCCUAUGUUUGGAUGAACUUAACAGCCUAGAAUGGUCAGCUGUCAUUGUAGAUGAAGCACACAGAAUCAAGAAUCCAAAGGCUCAAAUAACCCACACUAUGAAGGCUUUAAAAUGCAGUGUUCGUAUAGGUCUUACUGGAACCAUUCUUCAGAACAACAUGAAAGAAUUGUGGUGUGUCAUGGACUGGGCUGUACCUGGACUUUUGGGUAGCAGAACACAUUUCAAGAAGGAAUUUUCUGAUCCAGUGGAGCAUGGCCAGAGGCACACCGCAACUAAGAGAGAGCUAGCAACAGGUCGAAAGGCCAUGCAGAAGCUAGCAAGAAAAAUGUCUGGCUUCUUCCUGCGACGUACUAAGGCUUUUAUUAGUGAUCAGUUGCCAAAGAAGGAAGACAGAACGGUAUACUGUUCCCUGACAGAGUUCCAGAAACAAGUAUAUCAGGCUGUGUUGGCAACAGAAGAUGUAAGCUUAAUAUUGCGAGCACGGGAGCCCUGUAGUUGUAGCAGUGGCCGUAAAAGGAAGAAUUGUUGUUACAAAACAAAUGCCCAUGGUGAAACAAUGAGGGCACUGUAUUUCAGUUACCUGACAAUCCUUCGGAAGGUUGCUAAUCAUGCUGCUCUACUACAGACAGAGAACACCAGCAAACAUCAGGAAGAACAUAUCAAAAGGGUAUGCAACCAGGUAUUUUCCGAGUUUCCAGAUUUUGUACAGCUGAGCAAAGAUGCAGCCUUUGAAACAAUUUCUGAUCCAAAGUACAGUGGGAAAAUGAAGGUCCUUCAACAGCUUUUAAAUCACUUCAGAAAAAACAAAGAUAAAGUUCUUCUCUUCUCCUUUUCCACCAAGUUGCUAGAUGUGCUGGAACAAUACUGUAUGGCAUCUGGGCUAGAUUACCAAAGACUUGAUGGAAAUACAAAGUCAGAGGACCGGGUCAGGAUAGUGAGAGAGUUCAAUAGCAUGCAAGAUGUUAACAUUUGCCUUGUUUCUACAAUGGCUGGUGGAUUGGGUCUCAAUUUUGUUGGAGCCAAUGUCGUUCUGUUGUUUGAUCCAACAUGGAAUCCAGCAAAUGAUCUUCAAGCCAUUGACAGAGCCUAUAGGAUUGGCCAGUGCAGAGAUGUGAAAGUGUUUAGAUUGAUCUCGUUGGGGACAGUGGAGGAGAUGAUGUACUUACGGCAGGUUUACAAACAGCAACUUCACUGUGCGGUAGUUGGAAGUGAAAAUGCCAAGCGAUAUUUUGAGGCAGUGCAAGGAUCAAAGGAACAUCAAGGAGAGCUUUUUGGGAUCCAUAACCUCUUCAAGCUUCGAACCCAGGGGUCCUGCCUUACAAAAGACAUCCUGGAGAGGGAGGGUCAAGUGGAAGCAGGAGUCAUGACAGCCACUACAUGGCUAAAGGAGGAGCCAUCAUCAUGCAGGUUAGAAAUGCAUGCAGAGCCAGGUUGUGAAGACGAUAAAGCUCCUCUCAAAUCUAGGGAACAACUGGAGAAAGAGGAAUUUGAUUUUUACAGUGACUUUAGUGAUGAUGAACUUGUGGGAAGCUCAAGAACAAAAAGAAGUAGAUUUUGCAGUGCAAAUGACAUGCUAGUUUCACAGAAACAACUUACCUUAAUGCAGUGUGGUUUUCUUAAACUGCUAGAGAGAGAAACUAAAGCUACUGAGGUCACUGAUAGUAAUGGUGCAUCUGAUCAUGAAAGCUCAGACGCCAGGUCUGUGGGCCAAAGAGCAAAUGUAGAUGUCAAGUGCAUUGGUCUGCAGAAAAGUAGAAGCCAUAAUAGUAUUUUGAGACGUCGGAGAACCACUGAGUCACCAAAUAGAAGUGAAAAACAAGAUAUGCGUUGUGCGAUUGUAGCCCCAGAUUGGCCUGUUUCAUCUGAAUCUGAGGAAGAAAAGGACAUUGAAAAUAAAAAUAUAGAUCAGUGCAUUUCAAAGGAAAUUGGCAUAGUCAUGGAGACUGAAGGCAGCUCAGAAGAGAGUGAUGAUGUCAUCUUUCCUUCACAAAUUCCAACUCCCCAAGAAACUGCUCCUGCUAAAAGUGUUAAAAGAGACAAGGCUGUAUCAGAAAAAUUGGAAGGGUCAGGUACAGAAAAGACCACUAAACGUACACCUAAAGGAGACACUUUGGCCUGUAAACAAUCUCUGUUCCAUAAUACUGGGUCAGUCUUCACCAAAACAAAGACUUGGAAAAAUGCCCAAAAGUCCACAACAUAUGUGAGAGGCACUAGUGACAUAAGUGAUGAGUCUGAUGAUCUUGAAAUACCCCUAUGGUCCAAAUCAAGAAACCAGAAAGCCUUCACUGCUCUUAGGUUGAAACAAAAAUGUGAUCGAAAUAAGAAGUUCUGUAAUUCUUCCAGAACUGUGCUGCAGGCAAACAAGCCAAACAAUGGAGAAAAGGAAACCGAUUCACAGAAUAUAGGUGAAUUUUCGUCCUCUGAAGAUGGUUUACCAGUCAAGAAAAUUCAGUUAAGUAAGCAAAACCACAGGCACAAAAAACAGAGACGCAGAAUUCAGUUUGACCCCAAAUCACCCUGUCGUGUUAGAGGUGCCUCAGUUACAGUUUCGACACCCAGUCACUCUCAUGUGCACAAGACCUCUAUCAGUAAGAGAGCAUGUGUCAAUCAAGAAGAAAAUGUGGGAUCAAUGGACAAUUUUUUAGAUGGUGUUCAAGAAGUGGCUUAUAUUCAUUCAAACCAGAAUGUGGUUGGAUCAAGCAAGGCUGAGAAUCAGAUGAGUAACUGGGCAGUGCGAGAUGUGUUUGAGUUGAAGCAGUUUUCCCAGCUCCCUGCUAAUAUAGCAGUCUACAGUGCCAAGAGAGAGAAGGAAACCCAAGAAGCCAUAUCAGCAAAAAAGAAUAUUAAGAGAGAACAGCAAAUAAGUGACAACAGUAAGCAGUCUCACCUUUGUAUUGCACAUCCUGCAAUCCAGAAGAAGAAAAAGGUACACAGAGUAGGUCCAACUACCUUCUUGAUUGGAGAGACACCCAAAAGCAUUCGCAGGAAACAGUUUGAAGAAAUGGUAUCCCACUUUAACAUGGCUUCAGUUGAAGAACUUGCAGAAUGUAUUGCAAAAGCCACAUCAGGAGUACGACAGAAAAUGUUGAGAGAUUUUUAUGCUGGAAAAUGUCCAGAGUUAGAGGACUUAUUUCCAGUCAAAGUUCCAGUACACGUUUCAGAUGGGUGUGAGGAAGAAGAGGUGUAUACAAGUCAUUGUAGAAAGAGAAGGGCCAUUGUAAAAUGUGGACAGUCAAGGUCUGGUCCUUCAGCUGAAGAUCCUCCCUGUGUGACUGCAGGAAUAUGUAGCCAAAAAAGACACAAAGGAGAAGCAAAAGAGUUUCACAAUGAUUUCUGCAUACAAGAUGCUGUGUGUCUUAAUUCAAAAGAUAAACAAUUGUCCACUGUCAAUACCCAAAAUAGCAUCAGUGGGAGAAACAGUCAACCAUUCAAAGAUUUUAUGGCAACUGACUCAGUAAGCAGUAAAUCAGAAAUAAUAGAUGUGCUCUCUGUAAAUAUCACUAAAGGACAGCAGGACUCAGAGGGGAUGGAAUCUCCAAGAAAAAGAUCCCUGUCUCAGUCAGAAAACAGAGAAAGAGAAACUCAGACUUACAAGAAAAACUCUUUUGUAGACUUACUAGGAGACACCUCUGUUCUCAAUGACCUCUUCAAAAGUAAUGGAAACAGGCCUACGGAGCUGCCAAGAACAUCUCUUUCAAGGCCUGCAGAAAAAGCAAAAGAACGACCAAAAGACUUCUGGGAUGUGUUGAAUGAGCAGAAUGAUGAGAGUCUCAGAAAGCUCACAGACAUGGCCGUCAUAGAGGAGUUGUGUGAAAGAGCACCUCCUAUUGCUUUGACAAAAAAGAAGGAGGUUCAUGAAAGUUCUCUUUGGAAACAAAAUGAUAAUUUUUUAUGGAAAAAAUAUAAUCUAAGUGAUUCAGAUGAGUCUACAUCUGGCACACACACCUUUUGAUGUCUAAAUAUGAAAGACUGAUCUUAAAGCUCAGGUAAUAAAUUCAUCAGUCACACAAAUACAGCUUAAGAAAACUUACUGGUGUUAGUAGCAUACAUUAUGGGACAGCAUUCCAUUAUAUCUUACUGUGACCAUUGGCCUUGGGGCAUACUGUAAGAUAUUCUACCCUAUGUUUCUCUGCAAUAAGCAAGGCGGAAAUACUGGUGAUGUAAAUGUAGGAUCUUAGUGUCAUUUAAACCCUGGCCUUGUAAUUUGUUUGUAAUCAUAAGGGGGCCCAUAUUUGUUUUGACUUCAGUGGACUCAUACUAGGGAUUCUGCUGUGAUCAUGGAGGCAUAAAACACAACAAGAUAGGUGUUACUUCAAUAGUACAACACCGCAGGGCAUGAGUUAUGGUUUACUAAUCCAUGCUGUCUUCACAGCUAUUGCAAUCCAUGAGUAUAGGUACACAUUAGCUCUAUCACAUCCUACUGUGAUUUAACUCACGCUAAUUUUAAAUUACACUCUUUUUAAUCGCUUGAGUUGUUUUCUUUUGGAUGCUGAUGUGCCUAAAGUUAAAUGGAGCUCUGGGUAUUUUUUCCUCUUGUUGAAAUAUGGGUGGCUCAGGCUGUCACUCUGCCAGCAGCCCCUCUGAUGCUGCUUGGGUGGAUCCCAGCAAUCUCAAAUAAGACUGCUGUUAAACAAGAUUGUUUUUAAAUCAGAGAAUAAUUUGAUAUAAUUAAUCUGAUAUAAUUAAUAAUAAUAUAAUAAUAAUAAUUUCUAAUCAGAGCUUUGCAUAUAAGUUUUAAAUUAUAACUAGAGAAUUUUUGAGGACUGAAUAACUCAGAUAAUGGAAUUUGGAGACUUUCACUCCUGCAUGUCAUUUAUUGAAACUAGUCAUUGGCUUGUGCAUAAUAAGUUGGAGGCCUCGCUUAUGAUUCCUCGUAUUUCUCUGGUGGGCAAGUACCCAUAUUACAAAAAUAUUCAUUGCCACCAUGGUCUCCAGGUAGUUAAGAUAUUCAGUUAAUACCACAGGCAGGGAUGCUUUCUCUUCACUCGGGUUUUUUUCAGCCCAUUUCAUAAUGAAGUUCAAGAUAAAUCCAGUUAUCUUCAAUAUCUCAGGUUUAGUGUUUUCUCUUAGUUUAUUUUAACAUUUGAGUAUCUAAUAUGAAAAUAAAUUGAUGGGAAAAUAACUUAGAUCAAAUAUGGGUAUUUUAUAAGAGGGGGGGCGGGGGAGAUAGUUCUUUCCACCCAAAAAAUAAUUUGGUUUACAUUUUUGUAAGAAAUGUGGUCUGAAAAGAAUAAAUGUUUUAUAUACAAUACUGAGUUAUACACAUUUAUGUAUAACAUGAACAAGAUAUUUAGAAAAGGGGACAUGCAAUUAUAUGUGCAGAUGACUUGUUAGAUGUGUACUUUGUUACUUGCAUGUGCAGUUACUGUGAUUGCACUCAUAAUCACUGUAUUUGUGUAUGCAUAUUGCAGCAUGUGCAAUUGCCUGUACCUAUUUAUAAAAAUGUGGCCCUAAAAACUGGUAUUAAUAUUCACGCUUAAAACACAGCUGUGGUUACUUUUACUGUAGAACAAUUACAUUUCUGUUGAAGUAAUUCGGCUGUUGAAAUGAAGUCACUGCCUAUAGUAUAGUAGCUUGAUCCAAAAUGGCUGUUAACAAAGCAGUUUAAUUGCACUCAAGCAUAAACAGGUGAGCUGAAGAAUUACAUAGUCCAGAGGCUCCUGGAAAGAAUUAUGAUAUUGUAGUAGAGACACAGAAGUGGGAUUCAGAUGUGAUUUCUGUUUUCGUUUCUGCCACACAUUCUGUAACAACUUGGGCAAGUCACUGAAUCUCUGCGCUUCAGUUUUCCCAUCUCUAAAACAGAGAUCUACCUGUGUAAUAAAUUGUAUUACAUGGGCAUGCAGGUUUUUGUUUCCUGACUCAACCACCUCACGCGGAUAAGAAUGACAAAAGCUUACUAUCUCUGUCACAUGGGUCAGUAAUAUGGAUUGGAGUUGCUGCUGUUAUACCUUCGCUUAUUUUGAAAAUCAAAUGCUAACAAAACAUAAUACCACCUAGAAAAAAAACUAUCAACUAAUACAACCAAUUAUAAGAAAAAGAAAACAAUGUCUUCUAUUGAGAUUAAGGUAGAUGACAAAAAUUGGAAUUAUUUUGCCUUUUAGCGAUAUCUAUUAGGGCUGUCAAGCAAUUAAAAAAAUGAAUCGCAUUUAAUUGCAAUGUUAAUAAUAGAAUAACAUUUAUUUAAAUAUUUUGACGUUUUCUAGAUUUUCAAAUAUAUUGCUUUCAAUUACAACACAAUACAAAAUGUACAGUGCUCACUUUAUUUUUUUAUUACAAAUAUUUGCACUGUAAAAAACAAAAUAAUUAUUUUUCAAUUCACCAAAUACAAGUACUGUAGUAAAAUCUCCUUACAUGAAAGUUGAACUUACAAAUUUAGAAUUAUAUACAAAAAAAACCUUCAUUCAAAAAUAAAACAAUGUAAAACUUUAGAGUCUACAAGUCCAAUCAGUCCUACUUGUUCAGCCAAUCACUCAGACAAACAAGUUUAUUUACAUUUACAGAAAAUAAUUCUGCCUGCUUCUUGUUUACAAUGUCACCUUAAAGUGAGAACAGGUGUUUGCAUGGCAUUGUUGUACCUGGGGUCGCAAGAUGUUUACAUGCCAGGUACACUAAAGAUUCAUAUUCCCUUCAUACUUCAACCACCAUUCCAGGGGACAUGUGUCCAUGCUGAUGACAGAUUCUGCUUGAUAACCAUUCAAAGCAGUGUAGACCGAAAAAUGUUCAUUUUCAUCAUCAUAAGUCAGAUGCCACCAGCAGAAGGUUGAUUUACUUUUUGGUGGUUUGGGUUCUGUAGUUUCCGCAUCAGAGUGUUGCUCUUUGAAGACUUCUGAAAGCAUGCUCCACACCUCACCCUUCUCAGAUCUUGGAAGGCACUUCAGAUUCUUAAAUCUUGAGUUGAGUGCUGUAGCUAUUCUAGAAAUUUCACAUAAGUAUCUUCUUUGCAUUUUGUUAAAUUUGCAGUGAAAGUGUUCUUAAAAUGAACAUGUGCUGGGUCAUCAUCCGAGACUGCUAUAACAUGAAAUAUAUGGCCAGAAUGUGGGUAAAACAGAGCAGGAGACAUACAAGUCUCUCCCAAGGAGUUCAGUCACAAAUUUAGUUAACGCAUUAUUCUUCUAACAAGCGUCAUCAGCAUAGAAGCAUGUCCUCUGGAACGAUGGCCAAAGCAUGAAGAGGCGUAUGAAUCUUUAGCGCAUCUGGCACAUAAAUAUCUUGCAACAUCAGCUACAACAGUUCCAUGUGAAUGCCUGUUCUCACUUUCAGGUGACAUUGUAAUGAAGAAGUGGGCAGCAUUAUCUCCCGUAAAUGUAAACAAACUUAUUUCUCUUAGCAAUUGGCUGAGCAAGAAGUAGACUGAGUGGACUUGUAGGCGCUGAAGUUUUACAUUGUUUUGUUUUUGAGUGCAGCUAUGUAGCAAAAAACCUACAUUUGUAAGUUGCACUUUCAUGAUAAAGAGAUUGCACUACAGUACUUGUAUGAGGUGAAUUGAAAAAUACUAUUUCUUUUGUUUAUCAUUUUUACAGUGCAGGUAUUUGUAAUAAAAAAUAAUAUAAAGUGAGCACUAUACACUUUGUAUUCUGUGUUGUAAUUGAAAUAUAUAUAUUUGAAAAUGUAGAAAACAUCCAAAAUAUUUAAUAAAUUUCAGUUGGUAUUCUAUUGUUUAACAGUGCAAUUAAUCUAAUUUUGAUUAUUUUUUUUUAGUUAAUCGUGUGAGUUAACUGCGAUUAAUCAACAGCCCUAAUAUCUAUUGAUAGCCAUUAUUUCUGAACCACUGUGGCUUUCUGAUUGUACAGCCGCUACUUCUUCUGGAAACAGCUACUUAUACAGUGGCAUGUUUGCUGCUCCUCAUAGUUGUCAUUAUAGUUCACAAAGCAGACUUGUGUUUCUUCUGUGCACAAGCACUGUCAACAGAAUUCUGGAUGUUCUCAAGAAACUGAGCCAGUGUUCUCCUUUGUGAUCUACUUAUGAAAAGUGCUAUGUAAGAGCUAGAUGGUGGUAUUAUUUUGUUUGGCUCUCUCUGUUCCGUGUGUUGGAUUGAUCCCCAGAUAUGGCUAGACAGAGCAAUUUUCUGCAAUAUCUUUGGGAGAUCUUCCUAUAUUAAGUGUGUAUAUCAUUGUGGGACAGGGAUGAUAUGUAAUUCCAUGCGGGAGGGUGACGAUAGCUCCUCCAGGAACUAAGAACAGUGUGGGGUGACUGGGAAAAUUCACUCAGGCUGUAACACAUCCAAAGAAGGGCUGCCACCUGGAGAGGCUCUCAUGUGCUGGUUCAAACUGGAUUCUCUAGAGACAGCAGACAAAGGACUUUUGGGUAGAUCACCUGUGUUUAAGGACUCAGGGCCUUCUGUCUGAUCCAGUAAGUGGACAGGACCCUCUAUACAAGGGAGUCCCCAGUCUUUCCUGGGAAGGGUUGGAAGCACUUUGUCCCACUGAAUCGCCGUAAGACUGAUGAGUGACCUCUGGUAAUCUUGUAGGAAAUGUGUAUAGGAAACUUUAGCACGAGUAUAGGAAACUUUAUUUUUAUAUGUUUUCUCUGUAAUACUUUCAUCUUCAGAAUAAAUGUUCUUGCUUAUAAAGAGCUGUGAGGUAGCUCAUAACUGCUGGCAAUUAUGCUGUUCAUAGCCUUUACAGAGAAAGCAAAGCACACACACUGGCCUGUUUAGGCAGCGUGGUUUGCUGGGGAUAACAAAGUGUAGGCAGGAAACUGUACAGCCUGGAAAAUCCCCAGACAGGAGGGGGAGAGACGGAUCUCCACCCAAAAGAGGUGAUGGCUUAGGAGCCAGGAACCAAGAGUGUCUGUCCUUGAGGGACUACAGAGAGGGAAUACAAGUGCAAUUGCCCUGAACUGUGACAGUUAUGACACGUGACCUUGGUGAGAAUGGUAUAGCUGUUACUGUGGCAUAUUGCCAGCCUUUUUCUGUUUGGAAUUCUGUUUUGGUUUGGGAUAUUGCUGUUCUAGUUUCCUGGCACUUAGCUGUGUUGUAACUACUUCAGGGUUCUGUUUUACUUCAGAAGUUUGUUAAAUGUUAGCAGUAAGGGUUUUUGUCCUUCACCUCAGGAACUUCUCAACUGGUGAGUCCCAUAACACAUUGUGAGGUGUUAUAAUAUGGUACUAAUGUUAAGUAUGGCAUAAACCAGCAAGAUCAAGCUGUGCCAGUGGAAAAUCUGUUUGGUGGGAAAGUACAGUGCACAAGCCACCUACAACUCCAGCUCAGCUAGAUGGGCUGUCGCCAGCUGGCACUGCCCAGAAAGUGGGUUGAGUCAAGACAGUGGUGAAACAAACUUAUUCAAUACAUACCACAUUAGUCUCCAUCAGCGGGGUUUCUGUGUAGCUCUGGAUAGAGUGGAAUAGCUGUGGGGGAGCGUAAUGUGGUACUGCCACCUGCUGCCUAAGAAUAAAUCCUCUCUAUCUGGGGCAACUGCCCGCAUUGGGGCGGGGUAUGCAGCUUGCCUCUUGCAACCUGAGCCUGUCUAGAUUCUUGUUUAUGGCAGUAUGUGCCCGUAUGCCUGUCUGACAUGCCGUAGGCCAAAUAUUAUGCACAGUUCAGAUCCAUCUUAGAGGGCUAUGUAUUUAAAUAGAUCUAGUCAGAACAAAGCCCUAUACAUUUCCUGACAACUUUUUAUAAAAUCAUUACAUUCAGUUUCUGUGACUUCAAUGACGACUACUUUACAUGCAAAAUAGCUUCAAAUCUCUAACACCCAAAUUACCUUUUUAAUAAUUUGUGCUCAAAUGAUUCAGAGCAGAUGACUGCAGGGGAUUAUGAUUAAAUGUCAGACUGUGAUGCUUCAUAAUCUAAAGACAAAUGUAUAUGACCAUCUUUCAUGUAUAUAUUAUACCACACUAGGGACAUAGUGGUACCCCAAAUAUUGUUUUUAUUUAAAGUAAACACUCAAAAUGUAGGCUUUAAAUAUCUUCUGAAUGCUAGUAACAUAGUUCUUGAAAUAAACAAAUCACAUCUAAAGUAUUGAAAUGCUUGUAGAUGAACUUUUUGAUCGGCCAGUAGUGUUAAUAUAAGAACAUUUAGAAAUGUUACUAAUGUACAUGUAUUCAGGUGUACGCUUAAAAUCAUGAGAAACAGAAAAUGAAAAAUUAUUCUUUCAUUUAUAUUCCUGUUAUUUCCCAAAGAAGAUAUGUGAAUCUUUGCACUAAUGGUUCCAUUACCCAGAAGGCACAUUCAUUAGGUUCUAGGUAAAAUAUAAAGGUAUCUAUCAUGCCUACUGCACACUGGCCUGCAUUAAGGGGGGCAGUGUACAGCAGGACCAGCCCUGAAGGAACUCUGGCAAGCAUUUUGCCUUAAUAGCUACUAGUAUACAGAUGUAGAAUGCCUUCUGGAGCUCUCUAAUGCACAUGAGGACACCAUAUUCCUAGUGUAAGCCCUAUUGCUUGUUUGUCCCACUAUGUGGGCCAGUGAGGAGGGAGUUUGGGGCCAUGUGAACUGCCAGGAGUGCAUUGAGACAAGUCCCUGCAGUCCCCAACCUGCAUUCUGACACUGUGCUGGGAUGGAGGGUACUGGUGUGCUCCCCCGACCUUUAUGCCAGUAAGGAUGGCUGUAUGCUCAUGAGAAUCUGCCCCACAGGUGUUUCAGCCAAAAGAAGUAGCAAGUACAGGAUCUGAAUAUAAAUGACCCACAACAGGUAGCUAUGGCUUUCUACAUUAAUGCUAUACUAAGGCUGCAAAUAAAGCUCUCAAAAUCAAGGAAUGCAUAAUUAAGAUAGUGUUUAACCAUAACCCUGCACCUUUGUACAUGUGUCACGCACAUAGACUAUGUUUUAGAUCACUUAUAUUGUUAAAUGCCAUGAGAGGUCAUAUAAACUGUAAUUUCUUAUUUAUUCAUAUCUGAAAUACAUAUUGUAAGUACCCUGCCAUGCUAUUCUGUAUUAGAGCCUCUGCACCUAAGCUAAUAUAACCUAAUAGGACUACAUAAAUUGGAGAUGGAAAACAUGGUAUAAGAUUCUUGCUGGGUUUUUUUGCAUGUAAAACAAAUAUGCAUGUAUGCCUAUGUCUGUAUGCAUUCCAUGUCUUUGUGUGUAAUAAAUAAAUACUGGAUCUGA